AUGUCCACACACGCACCACACAAAUGUAUGCCCAUUCAAACUCUUUGCAUUCCAGAGUUUCUGCGACUUGGUCUUGCCAUUAAGUCAGUGUUGAGUGAACAAUUCCUGACUUCAGACCUUGCGGACCCUUCCACUACGUGCACUGGGUACUGCACCCAAGGCAUGUCCCUAGAGGACGUGAUCAUCAUGCGGCACUGCUCUCAUGGCGAUGAGGAUCGCAACCGAGAUCCCAACGUAGAGGAGAUCCUUGAGCACUCCACCGAUGGCAUGGGGACUACAGAACUUGCUUCCUCCACAUGCGGCUACACUAAGACAGGGCAGCUCAAGCAGGAGUUCUGCAACUACCAAGAUGCUGCCACCGGCUCCAACAAGAAGCCAAGGGUGCACAGCAUGGAAAAAGCUGAUCACAGUGCCCUGUCACCGUGUCAAGACUCCCAUCUUCCACAGCUGGUGCCCUCCGCUGUUUCUAAUGGUUUGGUGUCCAAGUCCAUGAUUUUCAUCACUCCAGGCAUGGACAGCAUCACAACCCCCCCCCCCCCCCUCCUUAGAGGAGUGCAGCAUGUCAGUCUCACUGUCCAUCACUGGUCGCACCACCUCAACAUGCCGGUUUCUACCAUAGGCUGGCAAGGGACUAACUAUGCGUCAAGCGAGGAAGGCAGGGUACUUAGAAAGGAGUGGUAUGAGUAUUCUAUCCUGUUCUGCUUGACUGAAUUUGAAAGAGUUCCCUACCAGAGAGGAUGCAGCAAUGUUUUAAGAGCUGCACCUCUGAGAUUUCAGCCUUCUGAAUUCCUGUUCCUCCAGAAACCCUCUCUCAGUGCAUGGCACCUAACUAAUCACAAAGCAAUUGACCAGCUGUGGACCCUGGCAGGCGCCAUGUCUCAGAUAAGGAAGAAUUCCCCCUUCUUGCAAGAAGAUACAGAGCAUGUAUCUGCAUCAUAUUCAUAUACGUUUAUGUGUACCAAUGGUGCACUUCCUACUGAGGAAAAUUCAUCUUGCCUGGACGGAGGAGACGGGAGAGGGUCCUGCGUGUGGUUCAACCAGGCCACGAUGUUCCAGAGUGCAGAGCUUGGCUUUGCCACUGUCGCAGAUGCGCAAAAGGCUGGUGCUCCUUGCACGUCUGAUGCUUCCUUGCUAAUUCACCAAGGUCAUUUGCCAGCACUUUAA